AUGCCUCAGCUUUCUGUCUUUGUUGCCGGUGCUACUGGUGUCCAGGGAGGUGCUCUAGCACGGCACCUCGUCCGUCAAGGGUCUACAGUCCAUGCACUCACCCGCGAUCCAGGCACGGCUAAAUCAAAGGCACUCGAGGCACUAGGUGUCAAACUAUGGCAGGGAGAUUACGACAAUGAAAAGGCUCUCCGGGAGGCUAUUUCUGGGACCAACGCCGUUUUCCUCAACUUCAUGCCCGACUUCAAUGACUUUGGUGCCAAUCUUCGUCAAGCCAAGCUGAUCUUGGAAAUCGCCAAGCAAGCCGGCGUGACCCAAAUCGUCUACUCUAGCCACUCCAUCCCCGACACUGGCGUUCUCACCUACUACGAUCCAAAUAGCAUUCUUGCAGUCAUUCAUAACUCCAAAAGGGAUAUUGAGAACGAGGUAAAGAAUGCCGGUUUCAAGUACUUCACUAUCCUCCGACCAGGCUAUUUUAUGACCAAUGUGUUGGUUUUCCAUGACACCAUGUUCCCUGGUCUCGUCGAGACUGGAGCCAACGUCACUUCUCUGCGUCCUGAUACCAAUAUCCCCCUCCUUGAUGACGAAACCUUAGGGGCUUUCCCCUCCGCGGUCAUCAAUGAUCCGGAGCGUUUCAACGGAAAAGCUAUCCUUUUUGCGGACGAGUAUCAAACCGUGACCCAGAUUUUCGAGAAGCUGUCCAAGGUCACCGGACGCGAGCUCAAGAUGGUUCCAAUGCCUGACGAGGAAAUUGAGGCCCAGAAGACGUCAAACCCAAUUAUUGCUGGGCAGUCCAUCAUACGUGAUAUGGAAAAAAUAUAUGAUAUAGAUGAGGUCAAGAGCUGGGGCGUUCCGCUUUCGACCUUUGAUAAAUUCUUGGAGAGAGAGGCAGAUGCUAUCCGAGCCCUCUACUCAAAGAAUAACUAG